AUGGGCUCUACAAUGUCCCAAACUCUCUUGCUCCUCUCCUUCCUCCUCUUCUUUUUCCUCCCUUUUGCUUAUGCCGGUGGUGCCGCUUGUCCUCCUUCAUCGAAACCCCCGAUCAUCGGUAAACCUCCCGUAACCAAUCCGCCUCCGGUAGGCGGAAGCACGGUGUGCCCGACGACGCCCCCUCCGGUGAUUGAUCCUCCUCCGGCGAUCUGCGCUGCGAACCGCCUCAAGGUCUGGGCGAGAGUGGACUUGCUCGGCGGCCGCUUCCACAUCGAGGUCGGCGAUCCGGCGGCCAACCAGUGCUGCGAGAUGCCGCAGGGGAUAGUACUGGAUCUGGAGGAGGCUGCCGUCUGCGUCUGCACCACCAUCAAGCUCAAGCUCCUCAACGUCGACGUCCACCUCGCCCUCCGGCUCCCCCUCACCACUCCACCAGUGACCACUCACCAUUCCACCAGUCACCACAGCUGUCCCGCGCCACUGAACCAGUCUCCCUCGCCCGCCAGCUCUCCCUCACCGUAG